GCCACCCGCCGUUCCACUAGCGGCACAAAAAGCGGAAGUCACCGGAGCGUCCGCUUCGACCGGUUUGGACGGAACGGAUUGAGGAGCAGAUGUAUUCCUCGUAGCACAGGAUGCCAGUUAAAAGCCUGGAGGAGAGGAUGGUGGAGGUGCUGCUGUUGCCUGAAGGAGUGGAUGAGGAACUGCUGUUUCUGUACUUUGAGAAUAAGCGGCGCUCUGGGGGAGGCCCACUUGUCUCUGUGGAGAAGAAGGGUGACCGUGCCAUAUUGGUAUUUGAAGACGCAGAAGCUGCAGCCCAGGUGCUGUCUAAAGGGAACCACGUUCUGCAUAAUGUCAAGCUGAGUGUUAGAAAGCCUGCCUCAAAGGACCAAUGCAGACUGCUGCUGCGGGGGCUCAACCCCAACACCAUAACUGAGAUGAUAGAGCUCUAUGUGGAGAACAUGAUGGGGUUGAAUGUGACAGACUACACCCUGUAUCCCUCACCAGGGAGAGAUUUCAUCCUCAUUCACCUCAGCCAGCCCUUCUUGACAGAUUUCCAAGACCUUAGUGCAAAGAUCUCCAAGAGGAGAUUAGAUGGGGCCAUCGUAACACUUGAACAGAUUGAGCAAACUGACUCUGUUUUAGUGGAGAAUCUGCAGCCUGGCACCACUCCAGACCUGCUCGCUCUUUACUUUGAGAGCAAGCAAGGUGGGGAUCAGAAAGUGAAGGUCACCAUGCUAUCAGAGGGUACAGCAAAGGUGUCCUUUGUCAACCAUGAAUCUUUGGGCCCUGUGCUGGAUCACCAACACAAACUGGACGGUGCUAACAUUGUAGUGAAGCCAUACUUUGACUUUCUUCAACUAACAGAAAGCAUAACAUCAAAAAACGUUGGAAGUGGAGGGCUAGAUAUGACUGAGAAAAACUCAGAGGAUCUGAGUGAUAUUCAGAUGCAGACCAGUCCUCCCAUGGUGGUCAAUGCCAGCAGCCAGCCCUCCUCUCAGACGACCUCAGAGCCUCUUUCUGCCCAUGAGUUGGUAGAAGAGGCAGCAGAGAAAGUUAUGGAGGAUCAAACGGAGGAUGCGGAUACACCAUCAAGCCACAUUGCUGUUGCUGACCCAGUAAAAUUAGCUUUGUUUCAACUUAGCCCCCUUCGACAGAACAUUGAAAACGCUGACCCAAAUUUCACCAUCCAAAUUAAAGAUGAUGGUGUGCAGAUCAUAGGAACUGACAGACAAAAGUUGGAGCAGAUAAAACACACCGUCUUGGACUUAGUUGACAAUAUGGCUGAAACUCAUUUCACCCUCGAGCCAGAAAAGGCUCAGUUCCUUGCAAGAAAAGAUGUAAAGGAGCGACUACUUCAAGAUAUGAAUCAAACUGAGUUGCCCACUAUGUACUCUGUAUCAGAUUCUAAAGUUGUGGUAACAGCACUAUCCCAGGACUCGGCUCACCAGGCAUGUAGCUUUUUAAAAUCCCAACUGUGUCACUUCAGCAUACCGUUGGACACACAACAUGAGUGCAUGUUAUAUUGCAGAGAAUGGUCUGAGUUCCUGCAGGCUCUGGGUUUCUCCUCUGUAAAGGUGUCAGAACGAGGAAGGAAUAUUGAUGUGUUGACUCUGAAAGGGAUGGAGAGUGAGAAGCAGACUGCAAUCCUGCAGUUUCUUUCUACACCCAUUGAAAGGGAGACCGUCAUCUCUAUGGAGCCAGGCAUGCUGAAAUACAUCCAGAUCCAUUGUCAUCAGCUGUUGGCUGACAUGGACCAAGUGUCUAUUUUUCCACUGGAGGCCGAGGACGUCUGUGGAUUAAAGAUCCAUGGCCAUGCUGUUGCUUGCCAAAUGGCUGAGGAGGUGUUGCAAGGCGUGGUCUCCUCUAUCUGCACCAGAACCAUCACAGUAAACGCUCCAGGAGUGGCCCGGUUUUUAGGUGAGGCAGAGUGCAAGCACAUCCUGAAUGAGAUGGAGUCAAAGUUUCAGGUCUACAUCAGCCCAAAGCACACGCCCUGGGAACCCCUGCCUCACCAGGACAUUUUUGAAACUGCAUGGAGGAUGAUGUCCCACAAAAACUUUCAGAAAGUGUUUAUGGAUGGUCACGCACAGGAUUUACAAUCAGAUUCAAUAAAAACUGAUCAGAAUGGAGCUUCUGACAGAGGUCUUUUAGAGGAGGCAAAGAAAAUUGUCUCAGCCAUUGAUGAAAGACUCGAGGUGGGUGUGUCCAGUUCAGACCAACUUGAGGACAUGGAUAACAUUGACCUGUACACAGCAGAGGAACCGACCAGCCUGACAGACCAGGACUAUGAUGUGAUAGCUGUCGAUACUUCCCAGUCCUCAGCUGAACGGAACACAAUGAGUGGGUUAGCCCAGGACCUUUCUUGUAAUCUGGAAGAAGCAGCCCAGCUGUCUUUAGCUAUCCAGUACUCAAUGGAGUCAAGCUGUUGGUCCCAGGAGGAUGAGGAGGAACAGUUGAAAAAAGCCUUGGAGCUGUCCAGGAAAAUGAUCCAACACGACACCACUUCUAGUGGUACUGACAAGAGCCCCCAAGUGGAUCAGCUGGAGAAGGGCAUCGAUGUGUCCUUAGAGGAUGCCAUCAAGGCAGCCAACACCAUCCAGAUAGUUGUGUUUGCAGGUUAUAAUUGUGAUCUAAUUCGGGUGGACAUAGCCUUUGGGAAGAAGGUCACCCAGAGACAGGUCCAGGAGAAACUGGAGCACAGGAGCGUUAAGAACAUGUCUGAGUACCACAGUAAGUGUUUGGAAAUGAUCAAGAGGAAGCAUGCAGUCGAGAUUCAAGUUCAAGGUACCAUAAUCACUGUAUCUGGAUUCAGGGACUUUGUGACUGGAGGAAUGUGGGAUGUGAAGCUGCUGCUGGAGAAAAUCACCAAUUCUGCAUCCAAGCAAGAAAUCCUGAGGACUGUCCAGUGGGUGCUGCAUGACCCUGCCUCCUCAGACACGACACCAUACUCACCUGAUGCUACAGUAUUCAUCGAUAACGCUUGGAAGAUGAAGCUGAGAAAGGUUGACAUCUUGCUAGACAAUCAGCCCCACAUUAUUGACUUUGAAAAGAUGCAAGAAUACAACAUAGCUUCAGGGAAAUCUACGAAAAUUUCCAGGAAGCUGCUCGAUUUAGUGGAUUUGGAUGAGGACGUAACAGAAGAGGAAUACUCUCUGCUGUCAAACCUGCCAGAAGCAACCAAAGUUGAUGAGGAAUCUGAUGAAUUUCAGAAUGUGGUGAAGAAUUUCUAUGAGACCAUGCAGGAAUACCACAGCAAGAUCAGAAUCAUACAGGUGCAGAAGCUCAUGAAUCGCCUGCUGUACAAUCAGUACAAGUUAAAGAAGGCAAGCGUACUGCAGCGUGCCACGUACCCAGAAGUUGAACGGACUCUCUACCAUGGCACAAGUGAGAACUGUGUGAAAGAGAUAUGCGUUCAUGGAUUCAACAGAAGCUUCUGUGGAAAGAAUGCCACCGUCUAUGGCCAAGGGGUGUAUUUUGCUGUCAACUCUGCGCUGUCUGUUCAGGAUCAGUAUUCACCCCCAAACCCAGAUGGACACAAGUUUGUUUUUGUGUCAAAGGUUCUAACAGGAGACUACACUAAAGGUUGCCAUUCAAUGAAGACCGCCCCAUUGAAGGAGACUGGUGACAUUCCCCUCAGAUACGACAGUGUGACAGACGACAUUACCAAGCCAGCAAUGUUUGUCAUCUUCAAUGAUACGCAGGCUUUUCCACAAUAUCUCAUUACAUGCCAGAGAAUCCACCGCUGAAGAAACUGAUUAGCUGUUAGAUAAUAACCAUAAAAUUUGGAGAAAGGACUGCUUUUGUUUUAAUGUUUUGCCUUGAUUAAAAAAAGUGCAUUUGAUUUAUAAAGGGCUAAUGUGUUACAGUGUACAGUUGGUAUUUUUUUUUCUUUGAUCAAAAUUUGAUUAAGUGUUUUUCUGUCACUGUAGUUGCUGUACUUUCAGUUUUUAAGUUUGGUCAAGUCUGAUCAAGAAAACCUCAAACAGCAGAACUCAAAAGACAUUUUAAUGAAAUAAUUUUAAAUAUUCCCUUUCAGCACAAUAAGACUCAUCGCGUCAGGUCUUUAAAUAUGUGUGACACAGUUGUUAUUGCAUGAUCUUUUACUUGUAAUAGUCAGUUUUGUACUUGUUGGCAGUGAUCAGACACUUCAAUGUUUACUCACCUGUGGUUGUAAUUGUGAUUUUUAAAAUCACCCAUAAAAUCAUCUGUUUCUUGCUAACAGUGCUGGAAA